CGAUCUGGACCUCUAUGAUAGUAAUGCCUAAGUGUUUCUACGGCUAUUGGAGCCCGGAAGUUGGUCAGUGUAGAUUUGCUAGGUGUAUAUGUUUUUGUUACUUGCUAUAGCCACAAAAAUCUUGGGUCAAAUAUCCAUUUUGUUAUCCAUUGCACUUUAUCAUUGGCGUGCAGCGACUGGCAGUUUUAAGUGCACAAGAGUCCAGGCUUCGUGUUUCUCCUCUCCAAUUCAAAGACACUCCCAUCACAUUUCUAAGCCACAGUAUUAACACAGCAGUGAACUCGAAGCGCUUACAAUUUCAGGACAUAAUGACGAUAUAAUGGACAACCAGGUGAAAAGGCAAAACGCCAAUAAAAUCUCUCCCAAUGGCAAGAAGCUGUCUGGAGUUCAAAAAAAGGAAGGGAUAGCCAAAACUUCUGACAGGUUAGAACGGCGCCAGGCCAACGUCAAAGGUCUUUCUCGAAAAUAUGAAGCGAAGCCUUCCCAUUUUAACUACACUGGUUGUAAAGAGACGCCUCACACUUGCUUGGUUGUAGCUCCACCAGAACUUGAGAAGCCUCAAGAAAACGAUGCUGACGGUGAUGAAAAAGCCGACACAAAAGUGGCGACAGAGUCCUCAGUUAUGAAGCUGAAGGACGAGCAGCAGGCCUACGACAAACAGAGCUCCAGCUGCAAGUCCUACACAUCGAGAGUGAAGCUCCUGACUAGCCUGAGAAGAAGCACCAAGUCGAGGUCACCUUCCACGCGCGGGAAGAAGACGAGGUUACAUUUUGAAGCAAAGGAGAGGAAUGUCAGAGCUAACAAGUUUGGCAGAGUAGCAGCUAGAAAUCUUAGCCCCAAGGUGUCUCGCGCACCAGCCGUCCCCGAAAAAACAACGAAUAAGAUUGAUAGUGAAAACAUCAUUCUCGCUAGUGAAGCAAGUGGAAAUCUUCGUCCGCUCUGCCUUCCUUUUGGGACUGCCUACUCCAAUGAAAGCUCUGCAGUUUAUCCCCUGGAGUCAUUAGAAUCUAUCGAGUCUAUUUCAGAUCUAUUUGACAACUGUGAAUCCUUCAGUAACAACAUUCCUGCCUGUGACCCUCCAUGUUUAGAUGACAACCCCAACGACUACUGUCCUAUUGAAGCCAAGCAAAAAUAUUUCUGUGUCGAAAAGAGUUACGAUAAGUUGGUAGAAGAUAAUAAACGAACUGCAGACAAAUAUUGCGUCGAGAGUUCGCAAUGUAGUCACGAACAUUGUCACGCAGAUGAUCGCUAUAUAAAGACACUCGAAAAUAGCAAAUCGAAUGAUGACUUUAAAACUUGUGAUGAAAAUACAGAUUUAAACUUGGAGUCAAAAGAAGUUGUGAUUGAAAAAAUGAAUUUUUGCUGGGAGGAGAAAGAGAAAGACUCUCUAGACAUUCAUAGCCAUGGCGACGAGGUUUUGGCACUGGCGGAUAGACGCUUCGCGAAGGAGUCUCUAGAAUCACACCUUUCCACUAAUCAGCCAAACGGAGAAGGUAUCUCAGAGGGGAUGAACCUCACUGAGGGGGAAGAAGACGAUCUUGAUGAGCGGGAGAUUCCAGAGAAACUUUGCUUGCAGACUUACGCCAAGAGUAAAGAGGGAGAAGCUUUUCAAGUAUGCAAGGGUGCGCAAAAGAGAAAGAGUACGGAGCUUUUUAAAGUCCAUGUCCACGUCCACGCCCGAAGCCACCAAACUGCGCACACGAUGUCACCAAAGCCAAAUGUCAAAAACACGAAAGAAAUGGUUAGAUCCCAUGGUGAAACUGUAUUUCAGAAAAACUCUGCAACAUCUCGAGGAAAUAGAAAGGAAACUGUAAAAAGCAGAGAUGGCACGAAGCUGGAAGCUAACUGUGAUUACGGCAAAGAAACGUUUUCAUUUCUGCAGGCUUACAAGAUGUCGGAUAUUCAGAAAUAUGCUUAUCGGUUAAGCCCAAGCCCUUCGAUAGCCUUGAAACAAAAACAAGUGAACCUGGCCUCGUGUGGAACGUUUUUAAAGACAAGUGCACCCACCGCCCAACGAACCGCUUCGUGUAGAAUGUCUAGGUCGUCUUUAAUUUCUGAAAAAAAUUCAGAUAAGUCAGUAAAACUCAACAAAGCGACAGUUUUAGAUCUGCCAAAAGAAAGCCCGAAGAUUCAAACAGAGAAAAAUAGUAUGAAACAUGCGCAGCAGGCGGGAAGAGAAAAAAACUACAACCUUUACAGCAGUGGGGUAGAUCGAGAUAGAAGCUCUCCGGAGAAAAGGUCAAGGCCGUAUUCCAAAUCUGUCGUCCCCAGCAGAUGUCAAAAUGAGAUUAGUGGUAGUACAAAGUUGCACUCAGCUCCAUACAAAAGCCAUCCCAUGUCCACGAAGACAGCGCCUCAGAAAUUUUCUCAAAAAACAUCCACAAAGAAUCAAUCUUCUUCCGUUGUGAAAAUCAACUACAGCCGCGGAGGGGAUCAGAAAAUGAAGUCUAACGCUGGGGCGUCCCUGCACAUAACUCCGCUUUACGGUAAAGCUCAAUCUGGCUCAGAUAAAUGCGGGCCGCAUUUUCUAGAAAAUUUGGCCCAUCUGACAGCUCAGAGUAACGAAUCUUCUAAUAAGAGUACAGAAGGCAUUUUUUCUAGAGCCAUUUUUCAGCCCAGAAAAACCCAAAACAUGAGUAGUCAUCCCAAACAAUUGAAAACUGCAGUGUGCUCAUCAAGCCUUCUAUUGCUUAAGAGUAAGUCUCUUGUAGCCCAAAACUCUCAUAUGGACAACUUUAGUAUUAAGAGAGCAAGCUCUGCUUGUUCCACGUCACGGGCAGAGCGCGAAAGAAAAGCCUCCAGAGACAGAGACGUAAGGGCUGCGGUUACAUUGAAAACAGCUCAUAUAUAUUCAAACGAAUCCAUAGGCAUCGAAAAAAAGGAAACAAGUAGAGUUGAAACAACUUGUGCAGAGAAAUCUAAGACUCAACUAUCUAAAAACAAAAUUCCUGCCACAAAAAACAUUACCUCUACCGUGAGAAUCAAAGAAGCUUCUUCGGAAAAACGUAACGUUACUAGACUUGAUAAAGUCAACGAUCGCAAAGGAAAAGAAGCCACGCAAUCGAUCAAGAACGUUCGCAAAGAUUUUUCGAAAGAGUUUUCUAAUGAAGAAAGCCAACACUUGACUAAACACUGCAAAAGCACACGGAACUUUGUGGAAAAUAUUGCGGUUAGUCAGCAAGGAAGCCAAGAAGAGUUGAUGCCGCAAUCUGUAGUUCAGGAAACUAAAGAGAUGAAGCAAUGCUGUAUAAGAGUAUCCACCAUCCAGGAAGCUAAAGAUGUCGCAAAAUCCCUCAUGACAUCCGCCUACAAAGACCUGAUGACAGCCAACCGCUGGGUGUCUUGUAACGAGGACGUGUCCAUGGUCAGCACUGAAAAUGUGGAUUUCAUGGAAGCUUUAAGAAAAUUUGAACUCGCGAGCCAAGUGAAGCAGUCAAAAGACGCGGAGGACAAAAUGCCCCCAAGACUAUCUGCAAACGUUCAUCUAUCUAAAGACAUGACGAGGAAAGAAAUGGAGAGCUCAGAUGACGACGAGAGACCCCCUUCAAGGCUAAAGCAUUGCAGGAGAGCCACCGCAUCCUUUGGUGAGAUCAAUCUUCUGGACACAUUGGUGGACUCGCCCCAUCAAAACACUGAGGAGAAGCAUACAGUCAACGUAAGAAAAAUUGACUUUGAGCCUAUGAUCUGUAUACCUUUGGCGAACUCAGAGUCGGCAAUCAAAGUUGACCAUCAGGACAUUGGUAUAGACUGCCAAAGUCUUUGUUUAAUCAAAGAUUUGUGCAAAUCCCCACUCGGGGCAGAGAAUAGUGCUAAGGGGGAUAACAGUAAGAGUUUACUAGAUGCGUUAGUCCAGAAAGGGAAUGAGAACGAAAUGUGUCCCAUAAGAGAUGCAUCGGACGAUCAAUUAGAACUUACAACAAAUAAACAGCUCUCACCAACUUGUACGGAUAAGUCGCAAUUCAAAGUAGAUGUUUUGAGCAAUCACGAUGAUGCCAUUAAUGUCGUAUACGAGUAUCCAAUACAUAAUAUAAUGAAUGCGGAUGUUGAUGAAUCGGGUUGCCAGCGUGGUAUGGAUGCGCCGAUUGAUAAGGACUUCACCGAAAGUAGCAAUUUAAUCACUAAUUGCAUUAACAAUUAUGACUAUGUCACCGAAGUCGAGGCUAGUGGUCCCAACAGCUUUCCAAGCGGAAGUGAACAAUUAAGCUCUUUUGCCAAGAAAAAGCAAAGCGAUGAAGGCACUACAAAAAUAUGUAGCUCUGGGCCGGAGACGUUUGUUGGUCAAGAAAAAAAGGAGACAUCACCCUCUGCUUCGCAUUCAUGCAGCACUAAUUGCAGCUGCCAUGCUGUAGAGGAACGCUCGCCGCCCAUUGCUCUUGGAGAUCACAACCAAGAAGCUGAGGACUCUGAAAGUGACGAUGCGAAAAAAAGUGACUGUAAUGAAGUCAUCAGUAACGCUGAAACCACUGGGAUAACUGACCCCCAGUCCUUGGAGGAAACAUUAACAGUGACAUUGGUCGAGAAGGUGAACCAUUACUUGGCCAAUGUCAGCCCUAGUGUUGAAUGGAACAAUAAAACCGUGAGCUCAGAAAGCAGGGCUUCUCUACCCUUUGAGUGUACACAAUCUCAAGCAACACCUGCCAAGAAUGGCUUUGACUUGACGGACUUUGGGACAAAAUGGGCUGAAAAAAUUACAUCUGAUCAAAGGCUGAAAAAAACGAGUCCUUCCUAUCAUAGUGUUGAUAACACACAAUCUGUAGUUGCAUCUUCAACAGAUUUGAACACAAAUCCUGACCAGGGCUGUGCUUCAAAUAGAAGCUCCUUCAUAAAGUCCUCGGAGGCAUCUUUCCACUCGAUCGUGUCCUCGUGCGGGGAUGAAGCGUCACUCGCCAGCAUUGUCGUUAAAGUUCCAGUCAAAGACUUACCCUGUGAAUCCUCGAGUGGCUCUGCUGCUAACCCUAACCUUAACCCUUCACAGCACAUGGCCGACAAUCUAGACUACGCCUCCACCAUCCCCACAUCGAAUCGUCCAACUUUGGAUGCUCGCAAGCUUAACCUGGACACCACUAGCAAUCACAGGACCAGGGAGAUCUACCCAGAAGAGAGCCCUGAAAGAGUUAGCAACAGCUCCGCAUCCUUACCCUCAUCACCCAACAGAGCAGCUCUGGUAGUAACAACAGCAUCACCUACGUACAGGUAUAGUCCCAGGACUAAUUUCCCUAACUCUAACAUAAUAGUGACAUCCAUUAACAAGUCACCCAGAGACAGAAAUAGACUAGAAGUUUCCGAACUGCAAGAACUUUUCGAAUCAUUAUCUUCCAGGAAAAGCCCGAUCAUCGCUUUCAAAAAUGAAACCAGGGAGAUUCAAACCACUCCUAAAGUCUCAAAACACACCAAAGGGGAAUACAAGGGGAAAGACAGUUAUCCGCCCUACCGAUCUCCACGUAAGGUAGAGGGAGAUAACCUUACGACUUGGACAAAUAAUUCCUUAGAUCUGACCCGUACAGCAACUUUGAUAGAUCACACACUUCCCGUUAGCCAGGAGAGCGGCAAGAAAAUCAAGCUGAACAUUUCUGACCUCUCCACGGACAGCUUCAAUUCUCUGUUCAUAGAGAACGCCAUGUAUCUGGAAGACGUUUCAAGACUCAAGAGAGGAGAAAGCCAGCUAGCCUCCAGAUCUACCGUCCCUCGCAAGCUAAAAGUCAAGAAAUUAUCCUUCCACAAGAAAAGUGGUAAAGAUGAAGACGGGAAAAAAAUAAAUUCAAGAAAUCCAAGCGCACAGACAUCAAUAGGAACUGGUGGAGGAAUAGAAGAACGCGAGAACUCAUGGUCAGCAUCUGAAGAGAAAACUACCAGCUUAGCCCAGGAGGCUGCCUACUUCGAAGGUCAGUUCUCUCCCACCACAGAGUCGAACAGGAUAACAGAGUUUGAGUCUCCGACCCUGUGCCUGAGCGAGAUCACAGAUUGCAACACCACCAGGAGCAGUUUCACCGAGGGUCUCCGAUCUUCCUCGGGGAACAAGUCUCACGAGACUCACCUCUCGAAGUUUUCCCGGCAGGAGCUAAAAUCGAGAUACGAGCAGGCCCGACAGAACUUCCAGGAAAUCAGGGCUGGCGACGAGGCAAACGAGGGCGAUUGCUUCAGUAAAACUUCACCACGCCCUGUGGUCUCGCACCGUGUUCAAGUAAGGCAGCAAGACUCUGAUGGUCGAGGUGGUGUGACAAAUGAAGAGGUCGACCCCGGACUCGUAUGGUCGAAGGUGGACGAAAUGGAAGCCCGCAGGCGCAGAAGACUUUUAGAGCGGGCUACUGACGUCUCUAGUGAGGACUCGCCAAGUUGGAGGUCAAAGGUAUAUCAUAAAGAGACAGCAGAAGACUCUUUGACAGGUAGAAGAGACAGAGCCGAGUCUCGGUUAGCCCAGUCGCUCUCACAGAAGGAAGAAACUAAGGAAAGAGUCAGCGCUGGUCAUAGGUCACGAAGAGGCGACGACAGUGGCAACAAUGAUCUGGCUGAGAGGCUAGCCAGGAGGAGAGCGCAGAGACUUGAAGAGCAGGCUGAAAGCUCCAGCCUAGACGGAUCUGCCGACGGGAAUAGGUUAAUGGGCAGGAGGUGGAGCAGAGACGAAAGCGUACGAUCCAUUGACAGCUCAGAGAACGGCGACGCAAACACUGGCGUAAUCAGCAGUCGCCGAACGAGGAGGUCAGAUGACGAUUAUUUCUCCAACAUCACCAGAAACUGUAGUGAAGAGAAUGAAAACGUGGAAGGCAGCAUUAGAUCGGAAAAUAGCGCUGAAAACAGUGGCAGACGCCGUUCGCAGCGCCACAGAAAAUCCGACAACUCUGAACCACAUUACUGGAACAGCAAAGACAGCGCCAACGGUUUCUCUGUAUCUUCCGACACCGGAGAUGCUUUCGCCAGGCGCCUUUCCCGAGACACAGACUCUCCUGACGAAUCCAGCGUCAACGUCCUUGACAGAAAAGGUCGUCGGCAACAGCCUUCUAAAGAUUCCGCAUUCUCCGAGCCCCGAGAAAAGAGCACAGAAGAUGUGUCCUUUGACCUCAACAACAGCAACAACAAUUCAUCGGCUCAGAAAGUACUGCUGGAGGAAACAAUGUUGUCGGCCAAAGCCCUUCGCGACCGCAGAAUCGAAGACUUUAUCCACGACUGCGUUGAGACAGAGUCUGCCACCAAAGACAAAGCGUGUGUCGGCAACAGUAACGGAUCACCCUAUCACCGCCAACAGAAGCCAGCUGACCACAAUUUCUCUCAUUCGCAGGAGCAGAGUAAGCCAACCAUAGCUGCUCCUUCCGAGAAACAGCAUUCUUCUUUCAACGGAAAAGACGUAGACAAGCCGUGCGAGGAAGACAAUCAAGCACUCAGCAAUUUUAAGGCCAGGCUUCUACGUCUGCGUGGAGUUGAGACAGAUGACACGGAAUGUCUUAAAGAAAACUCUGAAGAAGUCCCGAUGCCCCCUGAAACCAGAUCUAUACAGGAGUCUCACAAAACAGAAAUAUAUUCCGAAAACUCGAUUCCCGAAAUUUCGCAAACGAACAAUACCACGAACAACGUGGAUACGACCGCGGAGUCGGUCCUCGCCUCUUGCACUCCCAACGCAUCGUCUGCUACGCCGGAAGUGGAAAGGAAGAGCAAGCGGCGCGUCGAUAAGAGCGCCCUCCGCAAGUCGCCGCUCAACAUGAGCACCGGAAGUACGGAUCUAACGGACGAGACGCCCCAUUCUGAUCCGACACUGGAAGAUAGCAAGACAAGGCGUCGUACUGAAGGCUCCGUGGUGUCCCAGCAUGCAACAUUUUGGGAGAACCCGAACCCACAGCACGCCCCACCGCCCUCCAGAGCUCGAGCUAACAUCCCGACCAGGUACAUGGGAGACUUGUCAGCUAAGAUUAGUGCUAGCAGACAAAAGUUUAGCCAGCAAGCUACUGAGCCUGACAAGUCUGCCAGGUCUAAACUUGACACAACCAACGACGUCCACCUCAAAACGAAAAAAGUGGACCUGGGUCAGUUGAUUCAAAAAUUUUCCGGCUCCGAGUCCAACUCCGAGAAAUCAGAAACCGAAGCGGAGGCUACGACCUCCGCCGUGCAGCGGCCGUGGGUCCGACGACAAAAGGCGGAGGAGAUUCACAGUUCCAGUGAGGACUCGGAGGGCGCAAGACGGACACCUGAGAGAACCCAAAGCUUAAGGCGCUAUGGAGAGAAGCCGGCAGAUUCCUCUGUUUCUGUUAGCAGGCUUGAGAAAAGUGCCAGCUUUAGGUCAGAUUUUAUGUCCAGGAGGCUAGCUCAAAAUACAUCAGAAUUAACCAACCAAUUCGGUAAAACAAAAGAAGUCACGCCUCCCCCAAAAGAGGCCACGCCUCCCCCAAAAGAGGCCACGCCUCCACUUAAAGACACACAUUACCUUAGAGAGGCUUCACCUCUUAAGACCACUCCAGGCGUGCCUUUAGCUUCUGAGAGAACUCUGAAGCUCGACAACAAGACCAAAGAUCUUUCAGACUCAUCCUCUGUAGGAAAUGUCCCAAACAAUGCUUCGGAAAACGCACAUUCUCGGAACGACCCCUCAUCAAGAGCUAUUUUUAACUCUAUAAGAAACUUUUCGCCGGAGCCAGGCUCAACGUUACAAAAAGCACCUUCUAGCAUAUCUUCAGAUACUAAGCUUACAGAUUCCACAUUAGCAUCUCUGGGCAACAGAGCUUGGAUUUCUGGGUCAUCCAGGAGAUCCAACGCACCUUCCCAAACUGAAAAACUUGACGACAAACUAAAAAAAGACAACGCCCUUGAGACUAUUGGAUUACCCAGUAAAGAAACUUCGACGUUUCUUACCCACCCAGCAACCAGCACCACGAAAAAUGAUCUAGGAAAGGAUAAAAAGCCCGUCUUGACCACUCUCGACAAAAGCCUGGAGCUCUUGUCGAAGGUCACCGAGGAGUUGGACCAUCCGGAGCAGCCUUCGUCACUGCCCCCAUCUCCGCUUGACAUCACAUCUCCGAGAAAUAAGUCCAGGUCGCCCUCCAUCGAUGACGCUCAGAGGUACAUUCGAGAAGUUGAAACGUCUAUCGCUUCCAUUUCACCCAGAAGUUCUCCCGAGAAAACCAAAGACUCGAAUUCUCUUUCUUCGAGAUUUACGUAUAAAUUUCACGACGAGAACAAAGCCUUGGAAGAGAGGAAGCAGCAGGUAGACAUCCAUUCUGUAAGGGAUACAAAAUCAUCUGAUCGUGAAAUGAAAUUGGUUGAUAAAGGCCUAAAUGAAAAGACAGUGAGGGACAGAUCUCGUGACCUUAGUUCGAGAGAACGUGACACCAAAUCCCAAGAAUGUGAUCUGAAAUCCCAAGAACCUAGCUUCAAGAUACGUGAUCAUGAUAUCAAAUCGCAAGAACGUGACACCAAAUCGCGAGAGCGUGACCCCAAAUUACAAGAACGUGAUAUCAGAACAAAAGAACUUGACACCAAAACGCCAGACCGUGACAUCAAAUCACAAGAACUUAAUAUCAAAUCGCAAGAACGUGACAUCAAAACGCCAGAACGUAAUAUCAAAUCGCAAGAACGUGAUUUCAAAUCUCAAGACCGUGACACCAAAACGCAAGAACGUGAUAUCAAAUCGCAAGCUCGUGACACCAAAAGGCCAGAACCUAAUAUCAAAUCGCAAGACCGUGAUAUCAAAUCUCAAGACCGUGACACCAAAACGCCAGAACGUAAUAUCAAAUUGCAUGAAGGUGACGCAAAGGAAAGCAAUCUAACCAAUAUGGUGAAAUCUACAAAUGUGCAUCAAUUGCAGGAUGCUGAGAAAGGGAUUGAUCUAGUAUCACAGAAAAUCCCUCUGCAGCCAAGCCCUUCAUCGAUGGAUUCAUCCAUUGCAGAAACAUCAUUGAAGGCAGCCACCGUCUCCGCUCAUUUCUCUGUCUCGACAUCCUCGGGGAUGAGCAGAUCGUCCUCUUUUAAGGACGCCACGGAUCUGACGGAGAAGAGAAAAGGCAUUUUAAAAAGAGCUUCUUCACUAAAGAGUUCAGAGGGUUCCAGCUAUCCCAUCGUGGAUCCUCAGCUGGCCAAGAUACUCCAGCAGCGGAAACACCUGGUGGGUGAUGUGCUGGAGGAAGAGGAGGACAAAGAGGACAAAGAGAAGAAAAGGACUAUUUCCGCCACUGAGGAGAUACAAGAAAAUCUCAAGUACUCCAUGCAGAAGGCCGCCGAGCAGGGCAGGAACCCAGAAGAGGAUGAGGCCCUGAAGAGAAUGAGCGUCGCCGAGAGGGUUCAGUACAUGCAGCAUAAGAUGGAGGAGGAGAAGUACGCAGCCUCCGCUUCGAGGUCAAGGUCCGGGAUGUCAACUCCUAGGUCAAGGCCAGUGUCUGGGCUGAUUACUCCUACUCAGUUUAAGUACGAGGGCCCUCACAUGUCCUCUUCAUCCUCCGCCUCAUCCAUCUCAGCCCUGGCGACUGUCCCCGGGGCGAACAGCAGAAAGAGCAGCGUCACUUCCGUCGCCUCGGCGUCAGACGCUCGCCUGGCGGGCUCCACCUCGCUGUCCGGGCCCCAGCUGAUCGAGAAGCUGACAGAGAUUGCCGAGGCGAGUGAGGCUUUUCAGGAGCGGCGACACAGGUUCCAGCAGCGGAACAGGAACGACUGGCGCCACCAGACUCAACCAGUAACUCUCGAGGAAAUCAAUGCUGCUGACAGCCUCGAAACGGUCAGCGCCUUCCGUGCUCUGGUCCGCAAGAAAACGUCCAUCAACGCCUUUGACCAGCUGAAGGACCAGAGUGUCAGCAGGCAGCCCCUGCCCCUGGGCGGCAAGAAGGCCGAGUUCCCCCAGCAUCUGACGCCAUCGCCUAAAAACCAGAGGCGUGGCCGAAGAUUGCGGCACCGGACGCUGCCCGUGACGGCGGAAGAGCUCAACGCAGUGCCGGAGAAUCAGAUGCUCAUCAUGCACCCGGAGUGGGCAAAGACAGAAGACACUGAAGAGAAGAGAGACUCCAAGGCAGACUCUGGAAUACUGUCGGGUUCUGAUGUGGACCUGCUUCACGAGCAGUCUGGUGUCCUAGCUUCGGACCUAGAGUCUGGAGACAAAGAGCUGUCCAAGAUGACCAUCUCUGCCAGGGCCAACUUCUUCAAAGGUCUGGAGGAGAAGUCAAGGGCAGACCGCGAGAAAGAAAAGUCGGCCAGUGGGGCAAAGAGGUACAUCAUGAGGAAGAAGCGAGAGCGGUCCCAGACGAUGCCCGUCACUGACGACGAGCUGAUGGACGCCGCUGAGAGUGGCGAUGGCAGUAGUGAAAGCCCGAGGAUGGCUCAGUCGGAAGUGGUCAGCAGGUCCAGGUCCACGAGCAUUAGUGAGGCUGGGGAGGGCGGCCAACACGAUGAAGAUGAACUGACCAAGUUGAGUUUGUCGGAGAAGGUCAAACUGUUCUCCCAGCUGAAGGACAAGGAGCAGCAGCCGCCACCGAAAGUCGAGGCUCCCGUAAAGAGGCGUGGGAGGAAGCAGCCCUCCAGGUUUAGCACACAGCCGGUGACGUCAGAGGAAGUAGAACAGGCCGCGGCUUACUCGAGGAUAUCGCCACUGGCCAUGAGCCUGGUGAAACCACCGGAUCCCGAGAUGCUAAAGGGACUGCCCCUGAAGGAUCAAAGGGAGCUCAUGGCACAGCAUGCUGAGAUGUUCCUUUCCCAGAGCUCCUUGCGGUCUAUAUCAAGGUCAGGGUCAAACACCAGCCUCUCACAGCCUUCCUCACGGAGGGCAUCCGUUACACUGGAUGAUGCUGCAGAUAAGAAACCUGAAGUGGCAGAGGAGGAAAGGCAUGACAGAAGAGGUAUCAUGAAAGAUAAGAGUGCAUCCACCAAAGAGCUUCAUGAGAUCAAAAGCAUUUUACGAUCAGAGCCAGUCAAAGUGCCAUCUGAACCUGAGGUUCACAGCAUUCUGAAAAGCCCAUGGGACAAUCACACCUCCUCCUCUGAGCCUAGGGGAAUUCUCAAAAAGGCGAAAUCCGAGGACAUUCCCUCCAUAGAUUCUAAUGAGGAUCUCAAGAGCAUCCUCAAACACGAUGAAAGCGAUGAGGAGGAGAGUCACCUUAAGCCUAGGUCAAGGUCAAACUCACAGCCUUACAGUAUUCUCAAACGAGAACCAUCGCCUCAACCUGGUGAUCAUGAAAUCAGGAGCAUUCUCAAGACGCCUUCCCACGAGAAUGUCCCUCACCUCACCAGUGCCAUGAGAAGAGGAAGCAGUGAUUCUGAUUCCUUGGCCACAGGCUCAGGAGCCCUGAAAAGUGCUCUUAGGCACAGAGGGCAGACUUCUGAGGGUGAAGAAGGUCACGCUGAGGAGUCGGCAUCAACACCAGAACUUAAAAGUGCCUUGCACAAGCCCCAUGCAUCAAGCGUUGAAGACAUUUUAGAUGACGCCAACUCACAUAUCCACGUUGACCUUACCCUUUCAAUCUCAGGAACGGGACAUCAGGGAUCAUCUUCUAAAACGUCCACAUCAAAAUCUUCUGGUGCAUCAUCCCCACCCCGGAGUACUGGCCGAAGCUCCUUGGAGAAAGAAGAUGAAGUGAAGACCAUAUCGUCAAAGGCACCGGUUCAAGACUCCCUUUCAGAGCAGGCAACUGGUGAGAAGGAUACUCUCAAGGUCCCAGAAGACACAGAUGCCAGACUCAGCACAAGUGCCUCUGAAGGGGAAGGAGAAAGCAGUGCUGGGGAGCUUCUGGACGAGCCUCAGAAGAGGCUGAAAAAGAAGUCAAGGAUCAAUAGAGCCACUAACAGUGAAAGAUAUAAAACUCAGCCACCAGAACUUCCUGACACCUCUGCCACAACUAUCGAGCAGACAAGAAGGAAAUACAAGUAUGAGGGUAGAAAUAAAACCCAGCCAAUCACUACUGGAGAGAUGAGAGAAGCAGAGGCAGCAGCACCAGUGUCCAAUCUAGUCAAGACCCCUGGUGGGUCCAUCAGUGAAAGAUUGAAUCAGCUCAAGACCAGUGGCAAUGAAGAGUGGAAGAAGAGAGUAGAGAAAAAAGAUGACAUUAUACCUUUGGCUUCACCCAGCGUGGUCAAGCUGAGGGAACAGUCUGGCCCUCGUCCUCCUCGUCCAACAAGCAUCGCUGACCGUCUCAAUGAGCUUGAAGUUUCAUCAAAAACCUGGCAAAACAGGGUAGAGGAAAGUGAUGCUAAGCAGUUUACUGUAGCUGCCAAAUUGUCAAAUAAUGUAACAGAUAGCCCUCUAGUGAACAAGUUGAAAAACUUACCAAAGAAAGAAGGGGAUGGCAUUUCUCCACUGGCAUCUCCUGUCACUCCUACCAAAGAGUUCAUUGCAAAAAUACCACUUCCAAAAGACAUAGUCCAUGAUCCUUUGGCUAAAAUUCAGCCAACCAAACGGGAGUCAGAAAGUGAGGAUAAAAAGGAACCUGUCAGAGUGGAGGUGCCAAAUGUGAGUGAAGAGUUGCAGACAUUCUUCAAUGUGAAAACUAUUGAUGACAUCACAGACAGGGUUGAGCUGACCGUAGAUGAUUUUGACAACAUCUUUAUAGAGGCUGAGAACAUACUUCCAGCUGUACACAAGAUCAAACCUCAGAGAAAGGCGAGGCCCACCUCUCUCAACCCAUUGAAGUACAUGAAAGUUGAAAUUUUAAAUGAAUAUUUGGAAGUGACAUCAGGAGUGGCAGAGAAAGAACUGAGGCGGGUCAAAAGAGAAGGAUUGGCUAAAGAUGCAGGCUUUGCUGAGGCUGCAUUAGCAGGACUGGCCAGUAAAGAAAACUUCAAACAGGUGGAGCUGAGGAGAACAGAUAGUGGCUCUUCAGUUCACGGUGUGGCUCUGGAGCCAUACAAAGAUCUGAUGCUGUUUCACGUCAAGGGUCGUCGAACAGUCCAGACGCGUGUUGUGGAGCCCCAUACUAGAUCUGUCAAUUCCGGAGAUUGCUAUGUGCUUGUUACACCAGACAAGGUCCUUCAGUGGGAGGGACAGUUUGCCAAUGUCAUUGAGAAAGCUAAGGCCAGUGAAAUUGCCAGUUGCAUCCAGACCAAGAAAGAGUUGUGCUGUAAAAGGGCCAAUGAAGUUCUGACAGUCUAUCAAAGCAAGGACAAUUAUGGCAACGGAAAACUGUUUUGGUCUCUGCUAGAGGGAGAGAGGCAAAGCCAAGUCUGCGGUCCUGACAAUGAAGAUGAGCUGUAUGAGGCAUCCAUCACCAAGGCUAACAUGAUCUACAGGCUUGAAGGCAAUGCCUUGCUGCCCUAUACAGAGUACUGGGGGGACCUGCCAAAGUAUGAGAUGCUUCAGAAGAAUGAGGUGAUAGUAUUUGAUUUUGGCACAGAGUUCUAUCUGUGGCAAGGCAAAUCUGUGGGCAUGGAACAGAGGAAGCUUGGUUUGAAACUUGCUAAGCAAUUGUUUGAAAAAGGUUAUGACUACACAGAGAGUGCAAUCAACCCACUUUCUCCUCUCAGAACUGAAGAACAUGGUGGUCUACCUCUAAAAGCAGACAAACGUCCCCCGUGGGUCAUUUUUGGAAAAGUGAGUCAAAAUAUGGAAACUAUUUUAUUCCGUGAGAAGUUUGCUGACUGGCCAGAUUCGUCUCGCAUGAUUGGAGUAAAAGGUCUUGAUCUAAUAGGCUCUGAGAACACUAGUAAAGAUAUACAAGAGUUGAAGCCUUAUGAUGCCACUCUAAUGUUGCCCCAAAACUCUAGUCCAGUCACCCUGAAGCUGGAGGGCUCUGAUUUAGGUCGCGGGCUGAAGUGGGCUGAGGACAUGCAGGGUUUUGUUAAGGAACAAAACAUUAUUACUAUAAGUGUGGCCACCUGGCAUGUCCUGGAGUAUGAGCAUUUCAAGCUGGAUCAGGCCAGUCUGGGACAGUUCCAUGAAGGGGACACGUAUGUUGUCAGAUGGCAGUAUAUGAUAGCUUCAGCUAAUUUACGAAAUGUCAAAGGUCUAGCUAAAAAUAUACCAAAAGGAAGAGAAAGGUGUGCCUACUUUUUCUGGCAGGGCAGUCAGUCUACUAUUAACGAGAAGGGGGCCUCAGCUCUCAUGACAGUUGAACUGGAUGAGGAAAGGGGGCCACAGGUCCGAGUUUUACAAGGCAAAGAAAUCCCCUGUUUCCUGAACUUGUUCAAUGGCAAAAUGGUGGUGCAUAUAGGAAAGAGGGAGGAUCCCUCCACUAGUACUCAGGGAGCUUGGAGGCUAUUUUGUGUGCGUGGAGACUAUGAGAAUGAAACAUGUCUAGUUGAGAUUCCAGUAUCUAUUGAGCAUUUACGUAGUAGAUCAUCUUUAUUACUUUUGAAUGUCAAUACUGGCAUUGUGUAUAUAUGGCACGGCUGCAAGUCACCUAAACAUACCAGAGAAUUAGUUAGGCACACCAUGGACAAAUUUAAAGAGAGUCCACCUGCUGAGUUUGGCCUUCACAAAAGUGCAGUGAUUACCAUAACAGAAGUGGAGGAAGGAGAAGAGAAGAGAGAGAUCUGGGCAGCACUUGACAGUCGAGAUAGACAAUUGUAUCAUAGUUUAUUAUUAGAUCCCAAGCCAUACACACACACCAUACGUCUGUUCCACAUGUCCAGUGUCAAUAUGGUGUUUGAAGUCCAUGAACAGCUCAAUCCUUCCAGAGUGUCAGAUCUCACCACGCCUUACCCUUUCCUUCAGUCUGAUUUAUACAAAGCUGCACAGCCAGCCUUAUUUUUAGUUGACAAUGCUCAUGAAGUGUACUUAUGGCAGGGCUGGUUCCCUGUGGGGUCACAUGACACUGACAAUGUCAACACUGGAUCAGCCACAGCUCGCUUCAACAUGGAUAGGAAGUGUGCCAUGGAAACCACAUUGCAUUACUGUAAAGUGAAAAACCCAACUCACCCGCCAACAGCUUACCUUGUGUGCGCUGGAGUAGAGCCUGAAUGUUUUACAACUCUCUUCCCAGUCUGGACUGUGGACACAGUGGUCCAAGACAUAGCCCUAGAGGAGGGCAAGUCUAAAGGCUACAAAGAGAAAGUUUCAGAAGUCCACCACAGAUUGACCAAGACAAAAUACACACUGGCAGAGCUGCAAGAGCGGCCACUACCUGAAGGCGUCGAGCCAAUGAAACUAGAGUUUUAUCUGGAAGAUGUUGAGUUUGAGGAAAUACUUGGAAUGAAAAGAGAUGAGUUCUAUGCUCAACCUGCUUGGAAGCAGAGGCAGUUGAAGAUCCAAGCCAAACUGUUCUAGGCUGCGUGGACAUCGACCAGUGCGCAGGACUGUCCUGAACGUCUGUGUCAACCCAGAGCAUGUUUCAACUACAAGCAUACAGUUAUGCAAGACAACCAGAGAAACUCUCUCAAAGUUGACACAUUAUUGGAAACCUCUUAAGUGAAUCUGGAAUAUUCACUAGAAAAGUGAAUUUAAAUUCAAGGGUUUCCCAUUCAUUCUGUACUGUGGAUCUCAAAAGAUUGCCUGGAAUAAUAUUGUCCACUAUGCUUGUAAAAGAAGAAAAAAAAGAUACAUGUCGCCAACUUUAUCACAGCAGUAAGCUCCAUAGUGUACACAAAUCUUUGCAUAUGUCUUUCCUGUCCUCAGGAGCAUUGAGGGUGUAAUAUAUUUAUCUUAUACAAUAAUUCUAUGUCUAUAUACAUAGCUUGUGUUGAGCCGAUAUAACUUGUCUGUAGAAUAUGCCUGUAUUGAAAGGAUAUUAUGUACAUAUUUUGAUAACAAUUAUAGAAGAAAGAGAAGUAUCUUAAAAUAAGAACAUUUCCUAUACUCAGCACAUAGUAUAUAAUUGAAUAAAUUUUCUAUUUUAUUAGAGAUGUAUCUAAAUAUUUUGUAUUUUAUACUGUAUGUUAAAUCUAUUAUCAUAGUUGCUGAAAUUUUUAUAAGAAAUUAGAUGUCACAUAUUUUUUUUUAAAUCAUGGUACUGUGUGGCUAACUUAAUUACCUGCCUCCUCGACUCAUGCAGAUGUGAUUCUAAAUGUUGGCACAGUGAUACAGAAAAUGGGUCAUGAAUCAAUAUUGACUACUUCUAAUCCUAGUUGAGUCUAUUUCUUUACUAGGAAUUUAGAAAUUUCAUUAGCUAAUACACCUGUGGGUGUUUUUACAAAGGAAUUAAAGCAUCCACAUCACAUGAAGCUAGACCGGUUUGAAACCUGAACAAGGCCUUUUAGUUUAGCAUCACAACAUAUAAGCCAACCAUCACCUAUAUAUUAACAUAAAUAAACAUCAGAAAUCAGGAGAAAUAACUUAAGUUCUCUCAUUCAGCAUUACCUCUGUAAGAAAUGUGUUUGUGUUCAUAAUUGUGUUUUUUGUCUGUCAGUAUUAUUGUCAACACAAUGCUGUACACUUUCUAGUGAAUCAGUUUACUUCAGCAGAAUCCAUUUUUUGUUUCACAUCUUUUGUCUUUCCUAUUUUGCUACUUGGGAAUACAUUUCCCUGUGAUUUUCUUUUCAUGAUUGAUUAUUAUGAUUAAUAAUAAUCUGGUGCCCAGUUUGGCUGUGAAAAAAAUUCAAUUUUGGUUUAUUGUCGUCCUUAAAAAUGUGUAUUUUCUUCUCUGGUAGUUGCCAGAGUGAUUCCUUCAUGCCAUUGUUUGGUUGUAUCAUGAAUAUGGUCUCAUUUUGACAGUGUUUAUUCUUUCUCUGUCUUCAAGAUGUUCUUGGGUAGAUAAAAGAGUUCAACUAUAUCUUGCUCAUCAGAUCUUAAGUACAUUUAUUUAUCCCAUUAAACUAAUUUCAAAAAAACAUUUAAUUAACUAAGAUUUUAUAUGCAAGUGUUUUUGAUAUUACCAUUUAUAUAGGCUGUUCAUAAGUUAAUUCAGAAGCAUUUUUCUACUUCAGAAUAAUCACAAUAUAACAGAGGUGUUUGUUUAAUAUCAAUUCCAUUCGUAAUCCUAAAAGAAAAAAUGUAUGUUUAGUAAACAUGAUCAUUACAACAAAACAGUACUAGACCAUUGGUAUAAUAGCAUUAAGUUCAAUGACAUUGUAAUGAAAAUGUUAUUUUUGCAUUGAAAGUUGUUCAUUGGUUACUUUUUAUUUACCUAGCCAUUAGCCAAUUUUAUUUCAUCAUUGGAUGACAUUUCAAGUUAAUACAAAAGACUUUUAUUACACUGGGAAAUCAUUUGGAAUUUAUUUUUAAAAAAUGAAGAGCGGUUAAAUAAUUAUUUUUUUUCAAUAUUUUUAGAAUUUAUUUGUGUUAAUAUACAGAGGAUUACAUUUCUUUUCAACCAUACAAAUGAAACAAUGACAUUCAAAUGUAGAAAAUCACUACAUAGGUGUAUAUAACAAUUACAUUCUAAUAUAAAGUCCCAGUCGUCCCAGAUAAUUUCAAUGUUUUGAAUGCUGGAUAAAAGCUCUAUUUUUGUCUGUAGUGUUUUUCCGUUGUGUCCAAGGUUUUUUUUUGGCAUUGGGUAUUUCCAUAUCCCAGGUUGUGAAAUUCUUCAAACUACAGCUCUGGAUGAUGCCUUGAUGUAGACUGAUUUUAUAAAUAAGGUAUUGCUUUCAAAGAAAAAUGACUUAAGUUGAAAUACCUAUAUGUACACAGUUCUCAUUUUGAAACAAAAUUAUAAAUACAUAUAUAUAUAUAUAUAUAUAUGCUAAAUAUAUAUAGCAGUUGUUUUUCCACUGUAAAUAAACUGGCAAAUAUUCAACAAUGUCUUGUUUAUUGCAUAGAUAAUAAUGUGUACCAUUUGUUUGUACAAUCAUUUCUUAACCUGCGCCAUAUUAUGAGAAAAAUAAAAUUUAAUGUUACUUUA